CCCGCCCCUCAGCGCUCGCGCGCGGCAGGAAGUGCAGGGGCUCGAGCCGCCCGGCGGCCGCGAUGCAUUGUGGGACAGCAGCAGCACCAGACCCAAGAUGGCGGCCAGCAGGAGGCUGAUGAAGGAGCUGGAAGAAAUCCGCAAGUGUGGGAUGAAAAACUUCCGUAACAUCCAGGUUGAUGAAGCUAAUUUAUUGACUUGGCAAGGGCUCAUCGUUCCUGACAACCCUCCAUAUGACAAGGGAGCCUUCAGAAUCGAAAUCAACUUCCCAGCAGAGUAUCCAUUCAAACCACCUAAGAUCACAUUUAAAACAAAGAUUUACCACCCGAAUAUCGAUGAAAAGGGGCAGGUCUGUCUGCCAGUAAUUAGUGCUGAAAACUGGAAGCCAGCAACCAAAACUGACCAAGUCAUCCAGUCCCUCAUAGCACUGGUGAACGACCCCCAGCCUGAGCACCCCCUUCGGGCUGACCUAGCUGAAGAAUACUCUAAGGACCGUAAAAAAUUCUGUAAGAACGCUGAAGAGUUUACAAAGAAAUAUGGGGAAAAGCGACCCGUGGACUAAAUCUUCCGUGAUUGAUUCCAACCAGGGUGAGCGGAGACCCGGAGCAGUGCAUUUCCAACACCCCGCAACCAGGACUCUUUGGGAAAUUGACAGGUGCCACCUCCUGGCGUUAACUUGUGGCAGUUACUAACUUUCUACAGUUUUCUUAAUCAAAAGUGGUCUAGGUAAACCUGUAAAGAAAGGAUUAAAAAUUUAAGAUGUUCUAGUUCUGCUUUCUUUGUUUUAAAAAUCACUGCUUCAAUCUAGCUUAAAGGAUGGUGUGUUCUUUUCUUGCCCAAAUCGAUCCUAAAUCUUCAGUUUCUCUUCAGGUUUAAAACAGAAAGGUAGUGAGCGGUGCACACUCCCGAGCCCUCCAUGUCCCUUCGUAGGUCUUAUUUUAUUGCGUUCAUUUAAUCACACUCCCUCACCCUAGAACUAUGCCUUGGAACACCCCAGCCACCCACCCAUGCACCCUCUUCCCUCCCCCCACUUCCUCCAGCCCUGAAAAGCCAUGGCCUAAGGCCCAGCAGCCCUUGCUUUGUGAGAUCCCAUGGGGCUGUGAGGCUGAUCACAAGGGUGAAGUCUGAUGAGGAAGGAGCCUGGCUGUUGUGUAACUCUGGCUGAUGUUAUAAAUAUGAUGUUGAUUAAAUGGGCAAACCCCCGAUUGUCUGCUUGUGUGUGUGAUUGAAUUCCAGCCUGGCUCCAGACCUGCCCCAGCCAAGGGGAAGAGCCCUUAGUACCACGCUGGUGCGGAUUUGAAUUGGACUGUCCUGGCCAACUAGCUAAGAAACACAAGGGGCUGCUGGCAGGGGCCAGGCGGUUGCAGCUUUUGGAAUGGGCUGAGCAGGGUCAUACACCACUUCUAAUAUUCAAAUGCAGAAUGCCACCCGGAGAUGACUGGGUGAUGGGCGAAAGCAAAUUCUGCUGACGUUUUCCAUCACAGUAGAGAACUUGGCAUCUGAGUGCCAAAUCCGCCCUUACCACCAAGAUGAAUUUUCUUGGGUUCUUUGAGUUUGGGACUCUGCUUGUAGCGCUGGCCCUGGUCAACAUCAUUCAUCAGGAGCUUCCUCCUCCCCACCCCCGGGCCUGUUUGAGAGCCACUUUCAGGGAAACAAGGCAUUUUCCCCUUCCCUCUGGACCAGGCUGCCCCAGUAAGGAAGCUCCAGCCUGCCUUCUGGCUGCCAGAUCUUCUCCUGCCCUUUAAAGAUGGUUGCUUUGGGUUUUGUGUUUCAUAGUAAGCAUUUUGACUGCCUUUUUUUGGGUAGAAAUACAAAGUGAUUAUAGAUUUGCAAUCAUAUGGACUUAAAGGGAUUAGAAUGUUGCUGUCUCUUAAAAAUAAGGAGGACCCCCCCCCCCCCAAUCCCUCCCAGGCAAUAAGUAAAUGAAUAAAAUCCUAAAGAAUAUCCAUAGUUGAUACACAGGGAUUUGCAGGCGUCAUUCUGGUGGCAUGAGAUUGACUAUUUUCUCCGUUUUUAAACUCUGCCUCAAAUGAUCUCAGAUCUUUAGCCUAAUCUGGCUGCUGCGGACUAGGCCUCAGAGGAAGGGAUGGUUGAAGACCACCGUAACAUUCUCCUCCCUUGGGGCAUCGAAAUGUAGGUUACCCUGCUUCUUGUCUGCAGAAGGGGGAGGUAUUGCUCAUUAAAAAGCAUCUGAUGCUUUCCUUUGUCAGUUGACCCUUUGCUGGCCUGUAAAUAGCCCUAGCUUCUUCGGCCCUCUCCAGGAAAUGGGGUGCCUGCCUGACUGCCUUGGGGGAUGCCCUUGAGGGCAGAGGAGCGCACAUAAGCAACACAGCCACCACUGUCUCUUCAUUUGCUGAAAAUUGGUACAGACUUUGUUUCCCUCCUUUGGAUUUGUAAUAAAAUGCCAAAUUCUGUCAAACAAAAGCGUCAGACUCCUCCCUAGACCGCCCCACUGUCUGUCCGGUGACUGCCUCCGAUCAGGAAAUGUCUGCUGUUCUUUGAAACUGUCUGGUCUUUCCUCUUUGAAUAACACUUGCCUCUCUCUCUCUCACAGCAUUUAGACUUUUGUGAUUGUCUGCCUCUCCGCUUAAUGCCACUGAGAGGGAACCUCCAUGGCCACCGCGGGCACUUGGGAAGUGCGCGGGUGUGAGGGCUUGCUGUUGCUCUGGGCCAGCAGGCCGAGGCUGGGUGGCAGAUGUGGAGUGGCUGGCUUUUCUGUAAAGAGCUCAGGAGGGAGAGUUGGGAAAAGGGGGGUGGGGAGCUUCUGCCAGCACGAGACCCACAUGGCUGUGUGUGGUGGUGGCUGACAGGCGAUGGCUGUCCUUGGGGUCACUCAGGACUGCUCUCCUUCCUGCCCUUUAACUGUUCUCUGCCAGUGUGCUAGAUUCUCCGUAUCCCUUCCCUUCCACCUCGCUGUGGUCUAGGCUUUCUAAGGUUCUGCAAUUCCAUUCUGCUCCUAAAUAAAAAUGCUCUCAAAGGU